GGGACUUGCGAUGCGGGUGGGAGAGAGGUCGCCUUCCUCAUUGCUUCAACUUCCAAAUUCUGCAACCCCACGCCUAUACAUAUAUUUUCUCUAAAAAUUCACCCAUUUUGUCCCCUCCCUUCAUUCAUAAUUCCACCUCCAUAUCUCGUAUUUAAGCAUUCAGAGGCAUAUCACCUCCCCAUGCCUAUCCUCUCUCUUUCUGCCUGUACAUAACACCCAGAGAACUUGAAAAGUCUAACCAUCUUCACUUUCUUUUUCUUGGCACAUUAUUAAGGUUUAUGCCUGGAUUAGCUAUGGAUGCUGUAUAUGGGGUUGGUGAGGCAGAGCACGAAUCCAGUGGCAGCCACGCAUCAAAUCAGGAAGGGUAUACCCAGCAAGGCUCUCCAAGAAGUUCAUUGAGUUCACAAAGUGCUCAAAGUGACUCCAUUUAUCUUGCUGCUGAUGGUGCGAUCGACACCUCUAUCGAGCAGCUGUAUCACAAUGUCUGUGAGAUGCAGAGCUCUGAUCAGUCACCCUCGAGGGCCAGCUUUGUGUCAUACGGGUGGGAAUCAAGGAUUGAUUCAGAAUUGCGUCAUCUUGUUGGAGCUAGUGUGGAAUUUGAGGUAACAAAGGAGGUGCUCACAGAAAAUAAGCAGAGUAAUGGAGGGGACUUGACCCCAGAGAAAGAAAACGGGUCCAUGACUAAAAAGUCAACCAAGAAGGCUAAGACUCGAUCCGCGAGUCCUAAGCAGCUUCCGCGCUUGCAAAUGGACCCUGGAGCAUUAGCAAAAUCAAGUACUCGGAGUAAAUCUUCACAUGAGAGGUCUCCAAUUGAUAAGAGGUAUGAGAAGAAUUCAAGUAAAAUAAAUGCAAUUUUUGCCAUUAAAAAGCAGAGAAAUGUUGCUUUACUUGGAGCAAAAUUUCAGGAUGGAUUUGAGGAUCCUCUUGAGGCAGGACUAGAUAACCCAGACCUUGGCCCGUUCUUGCUUAAACAAAGUAGGGGUAUGAUCUCUUCUGGUGAAAAUCCUCAGAAAGCUCUUGAGUUGGCUCUUCGGGCAUUGAAGUCUUUUGAGAUAUGUGCAAAUGGGAAGCCCAGUUUGGGGCUGGUCAUGUGUUUGCAUGUUAUAGCAGUAAUAUACUGCAGCUUAGGCCAAUACAACGAAGCAAUUCCGGUUCUCGAGCGCUCAAUUGACAUCCCUGUGAUAGAGGAUGGCCAAAAUGAUGCGCUAGCUAAGUUUGCUGGAUGCAUGCAGUUAGGUGAUACUUAUGCAAUGCUUGGUCAGAUUGAGAAUUCAAUUCUGUUGUAUACAGCAGGUCUUGAAAUCCAAAGGCAAGUAUUGGGAGAAACAGACCCUCGAUUUGGUGAGACGUGUCGCUAUAUAGCAGAGGCCCAUGUUCAAGCAUUGCAGUUUGAUGAGGCCGAGAAGCAUUGCCAGAUGGCUCUUGACAUCCACAGUGAGAAUGGUUUUCCUGCUUCUCUCGAAGAAGCAGCAGAUAGGAGGCUCAUGGGACUGAUCUGUGACGCAAAGGGAGACUAUGAAGCUGCUCUUGAGCACUAUGUUUUAGCAAGCAUGGCCAUGUCAGCCAAUGGCCAAGAUAUAGAUGUGGCUUCAAUUGAUUGCAGCAUUGGAGAUGCGUAUCUAUCCUUGGCUCGGUAUGACGAAGCAGUCUUUUCUUAUCAAAAAGCAGUCACAGUCUUUAAAUCAGCAAAAGGAGAGAAUCAUCCCGCCGUUGCCUCAGUUUUUGUGCGUUUGGCUGACUUGUACCAUAAGAUCGGGAAGUUCAAGGAAUCUAAAUCCUAUUGUGGAAAUGCACUUCGAAUCUAUAGAAAGCGAAAUCCAGGGAUCCCCUCAGAAGAGAUUGCUAGUGGUCUUAUUGAUGUUUCAGCUAUCUAUCAAUCCAUGAAUGAAUUGGAACUGGCACAAACGCUACUCAAGAAGGCUUUAAAAAUAUUUGGUGAUGCCCCUGGUCAACAAAACACAGUUGCAGGAAUUGAGGCCCAGAUGGGGGUCAUGUAUUUUAUGAUGGGGAACUACUCCGAAUCUUACAACUCCUUGAAAAGUGCCAUUUCGAAAUUUCGGGUGAGUGGAGAGAAGAAAUCUCCACUGUUUGGGAUUGCUCUUAACCAAAUGGGACUUGCCUGCGUGCAGCGCUAUGCAAUAAACGAGGCUGCAGAUUUUUUUGAAGAAGCAAGGAGUAUUCUGGAAAAGGAAUAUGGGCCAUAUCACCCCGAUACACUAGGGGUCUAUAGCAAUCUUGCUGGCACUUACGACGCAAUGGGCAGGCUGGAUGAUGCCAUUGGAAUUUUGGAACAUCUCGUUGGCAUGAGAGAAGAGAAGCUUGGAACGGCAAAUCCCGACGUGGAUGAUGAGAGGCGGAGGUUAGCAGAGUUGUUGAGAGAAGCAGGCAGAGUCCGGAACAGGAAAACCAUAUCACUGGUUGCACUGCUUGACACCAACCCUGAGAUCAUAAAUGACAAUGGUAUUAUGGUAUUGUAAUGAUGAUUGGUGUACAUAUGCUUCUUUGUAAAAUAUCUUUCACAAGAGGGUUUAGGUGUGGUUGUUUUGUUAGAUUGGUGUUUGACAAAUUGGGAAAAAUAAUCAAACAAUAAUAGGAGCUAGGAGGAGAUUCUCGUUCAAAUUGUUUACUCAAGUAUCAGGUGUCAACAGAAGUCGCAUUCAUAUUUUCUUGCACAUUAA